AUGAAGUGUCACACAGAGACCAACCAAAAAGAUAAAGAUGACGAAGGUGACCUGCUCGAAAGCGUUUUGAUCCAACGCAACAAUGAAGCAGUCAGUGCCAUUGCCAGUGCCUGUGCCAAUAACACCAUUGGCGAGCAGCUACUAGGGCAGCAUCAAUCAAAACCAAGUGAUUUAUCCUCUGUUACUACUAAUAGAAAUACCAACAAUUCCAUUCCCACAACGGGAAUAACUACGCCGGCCAGAUCAGGUAUGGAAGGGGAAGACAGCCACAAUGAUGAUGAAGCAUUCCUCAUGGAAAUUGUGUCCGGGAGGAUUUUAUCCACUACUCCACAACCAUUAUCAGGGGGAAAAGAGCCAGGACCUCACCAACAAGCAGAAAGUACCAAUAAGCAAGUAGUAUUACCCAAUCGGAUGCAAGUGGAAGUAGGAGGGGACGAGGAACAAGCCAUUCCGCAGCCCGUGGGUCUAAUAAGGGGGGCAGAUCGCCCCACAGCCGUUAUCAGCCAUCCGGGCGCCUUUGCGAUUGAUACUGCUGGUACAAGGGGUACUGUGGGUUUGCCUUCUCCAGACGAAUCUACUUCAUCAUCGUCAGAAGAAGAUAUUGGUGGGUUGGCUGUGGCCAAUCCCGUGGAAGAAGAAGCCCAUCCCAAUAAUUUGCCACAGGCGCAAGAUUACAAUGCCGAAUCUCAAGACCAAAACAGAGAAGAGAAAAUGAGACAAUUCAAAACCAAGGUCCUCUUGGGAGUCAUUGUCUUGCUGUUGGCCAUCAUUAUCAUCUUGGUAGCCAUUCUGACUCCUCGAAAACAACAGGCCAAGACGGAUCUUGUCCCAACAGCCACAUCCAGCCAGUCACCCAGCAGCACUCCAUCUCAGGCUCCCAGCACCUUUACAAAUCACAUCUUAUCACUUUUCCCAUUCGAAACUGCCGUGGCCAUUUCCGAGUACCCUCAAUCGCCUCAGUCCAGGGCAUUUGAGUGGCUCUUGGAGGACAGCCACAAAUUACCCUUCUAUGAAGACAGCCGGAUCAUUCAAAAGUUUGCCCUAGCCACAUUCUACUAUGCUACAAACGGAGACCAUUGGUACACAAACACAAAUUGGCUCAACCACAGCACCCACGAGUGCGAAUGGUUCCUACAGCCCGAAUUUGGCAGGAAAUCCAUUAUAUCCCAACACUACGAUAGCUACCUGACUGGAUAUCUGGAACCGCCACCUGACUCACCCUGCAGCAACAAUGGCCUCUACCAACAUUUGUGGUUGGACAUGAACAAUUUAGUCGGCAGUCUACCAGAAGAACUCUAUUUGCUGACUUCUCUAGAAACUCUCACACUUGCAUUCAACGAUCUAAGAGAGACCAUUUCAACAAGCAUAGGACAGCUCACAGACUUGGAAGGACUCAUCUUGGGACGAUUGCAAUUGAGUGGAACCAUUCCCUCAGAAAUUGGCUUGAUGAAACGCCUCUAUGCUAUCUCAUUGCUUGACAGCCUUCUGGAGGGGUUCAUUCCUUCUGAAAUUUGGACACUUACAACGUUGGAUACAAUUAAUCUGCAGAACAAUCCUCUUCUAAAGGGCACAAUUCCUACCGAAGUUGGCCUAAUGUCUGCCUUGAGAUGGCUGAUUUUGGAUAACUGCAGUAUUUAUGGUUCCAUUCCAACAGAGCUAGGCAAAGCAGAUGCCUUGGAUGUACUUUACCUUGCAUCCAAUCAGCUUUCCUCUACCAUACCCAGCGAGCUUGGGAAUCUCCCAAAUCUUUCCUGCAUACAGUUGUUUGGCAAUUCUCUGCAGGGGACUCUCCCUACAGAGCUGGGCAUGGUCACCUCAACAACCAUGCUCACACUCAAUGGCAAUCAGCUCACUGGCCCACUGCCUAGUGAGCUUGGGCUCCUUACCAAAAUGUUUAUUGCCCUUGAACUGGGCAACCAGUUUCUGUCGGGAACCAUUCCAACAGAACUGGGACGCCUGACAAAUGUUUUGGAGCUGGAUCUCUCCGUUACAAAGGUAUCCGGGCAGAUUCCUAGUGAGCUGGCCCAGCUCACAUCCCUUGGCCGUUUGAGCCUUGCCAAUAAUGCUAUAUCUGGCACUGUCCCACAAGAGCUUGCUGAACUACAGCCAUCCCUGUACGCUUUGAAGCUAGAGGGCAAUCCACUCUUGUCAGGGACUAUUCCACCCAUUUUAUGCCAAAUCAAUGCAACAUGCAUUGGCAACGCGUGGAAGACAUCGUGUGAGGAGGCGUACGAUGGAUUGUCAUUUGACUGUACUGGCAUACUCUGUGGUUGUGAUUGUCCAUGUUAUGGAUGA